ACAAUUUACUAUUCAGUCAAGUGAGAGCUCUUCGCGAACUGGAUAAGUAUCUUGUAAAAAUGAAAACAUUCAUCCUCUUUAUGAUGUUAAUUGACUAUAUCAAUGGGUCUCCAUAUUCUUUUGGAGAAUUUCAACGACAUACAACAACGGAUUCGUACGCAUCAUCAAAAUCUGAUACAAACAUUUUUGCCAUACUCACCGGACUUUGUGAAGAAACGGAAGACAAUAUAUCCCUUAAUUUAUCAUACACAGGAUUACAAAGAAUCCAUGAAAAAUUCAUAAAUAAUUCACACAUAACCUGUUUGAAUCUUUCAAACAACAAUAUUAUUUAUGUUUCACCUACUGCUUUCGAAUUACUUCCAAAUUUGACUUACUUGAAUCUUGCUAAUAAUAGAGUAUCUGUACCUGCAUUUCGUCUUAGUGUCAAAAAUAGUAAAUUAAAAACACUUGUCCUGGACAAUAAUCAUUUUGGAGACCAGAAUUCGAUCUUUAACUUCCACGAUACGUUUUCCAAUAUAGAGCACCUUUAUCUUCGUCAAAAUAGUUUAAACAGUUUUUCCAACACCAAUAUAUUUUUGAAUCUACGACAUUUAUACUUAUCAGACAACAUUAUAAGUUCUGUAGAUAAAAUCAUUGGUGAAAUUCCUCGUUCAACACUAACUUAUCUUUAUUUGGAAAGAAAUUCUAUACGUCAUGUCAAUGGGACAACUCUGUACAAUUUAGAAUAUUUGGCAUUAGAUGGAAACCGAAUUGAAAGUUUAUGUAAUCAGUAUUGUCAUAACUCAUGGUUAUCUUUGAAUCGAAUGACUAAAUUAAAACAUCUUUCUUUGUCAGGUAAUCAGAUAACUGAAAUUGAAUCAGAUUCUUUUCUUGAAACAAGCAAUUUGAUUACUUUAGAUCUUUCUAACAAUCGCAUCACAACAAUUAGAAAGGAUACACUUAAACCAUUAACUAUGCUUGAAGUCUUAUCUCUCAGUGGUAACCGUUUGACGACUUUCCCUGAGUUUUUUCCACUAAUAAAUAUUCAAAAUUUCACUUUAGUAAACAAUAAUCUAGCAAGCAUCCCUACUGAACUGUUUUCAGAUUUUCGAGUUUUAAAGUAUUUGUCAUUGAGUAAUAAUUACAUAUCAAAUGUGGAAAAACGUGCCUUCUUAAAUCUAAUCUCUUUGGAAGAACUAGAUUUAUCGAAUAAUAGAAUUGAAAAUCUUCCGGAAGAAUGGAUGACACCACAAAAUAGGAUCCGAAAUUUGAAUCUCGAAGACAACUAUUUUACAGAUUUUAAAAACUUAUCUCUCGAAAAUGCAGAAUCUUUGGAAAAUAUCUUUCUUCAAAGAAAUGCAAUUGAGGUUUUGAAUGUGGCAUCUUUUUUAAACGUUUCGGAAUAUGUGUCAAUUCAUAUCGAAGAUCAAUCUAAAAGGCGACUGUCCAAUACAAAAAAAGAUGGCUCAAGUUCUGAUAGUACUACAUUUUCUUAUGAAUAUGCAACAUCUAAUAUAAACUAUAGAUAUGAUGAUUAUUAUAAUUAAUCAAGUGAUGUUAAUUACCGUUUCAGAAAUUUAUCACGCAACAAAUAAAAGCACUGGUUACAUUACUCAAAGACGUGUUAAUCGGAAAUGCAGAAUAUUUAGAAAAUAUUUUUUCUUGAAUAAAUUCAAUUAAGAUUUAAAAGAUAGAAUCAGUUUUAUAUCUUUCGGAAUAUGAGUCCAUUAAGUUCUGAAAUAAUCGAUAUAAAUAAGUAUUACGAUAAGUUUAGUUCUAUUUUCUGUCUAGUUGAAUAUUACCUCAUGUUAUUUUAUUUUUACGUAUUGUAGACAAUACAAAA